UGGCUUUUUUUUCCACUGUUUUGGGAACAGUUACAAUACCUGUUCGCUAAGUCUACCGGAACGUAAAAUGAUGUCUUGCAAAGUUCGGUAUCUGAUAUUUUUCCAGUAUUUCGGUUCUAAAUAUAGUGGUGUGAUGAGGAGUCCUGCCCACCAAGCAGUCCUAGGUGUUCAGAACUAUUUGGAGGAUGCAGUCCGGAAACUGAACCCAGUGAAUGAGGUAUCGGUGUACGUGUCCAGCCGGACUGACAGUGGUGUCCACGCCCUCUGCAACACAGCCCACGUGGAUAUCCAGAGAAAAGAAAACAAGCCGCCUUUUUCAGAACAGAUUCUGACUGAGGCCCUCAACUACCAUCUGAAGCCUGAACCCAUUAGCAUUAUGAAGUCCUCCAUAGUACCUCCGCUGUUUCAUGCCCGGUUCAAUGCUAAGUCAAGGACGUACAUCUACCGAUUGGUGACGGGGCUCAGAAAUUCCUCCCAGCUGCCCGUGUUUGAGAAAGACCUCUGCUGGCUGGUGCAAGAAGACCAACUGAAUGUGGAGGCCAUGCAGGAAGCUGCCAGGCUUUUCCUGGGGACACACAACUUCAGCACGUUCCGGGCCCUCAACUCCGAGACGCCCUACAAAUCGCCCGUGAAGACAAUGCUCCUGGCAGACAUCACGCCUGGGUACAGUUACUUUGCACAGCAUCACUUAAACAGGAAUAUGCAGUACUGGGACCUCACUUUCAAAAGUAAUUCAUUCUUAUAUAAACAGGUACGGAGGAUGACAGGAGCUUUGGUGGCAGUUGGCCAGGGUAGGCUCACUCUGCCUCGGCUACAGGAGCUACUAGAGGUCCAGGACUCUUUGGCCUUUCCACGGAAUAUGUCUGCACCUCCACAAGGUCUUUUCUUGAAGGAAGUGGAGUAUGAUGACUCAGAAUUGCUGCCACGACCACUUGACCCAGACAUUGAGGCCUGAUUAUUCCUUUUGAAAAGGGAUGUGGUGUUGCUCUUUCUAGAGUUUCUGUUCUAUAACAUUGUAUGAAAAUAAAAAGUAUAAGUUAA